GUGUCUCUCCCCGUGUGUCUCCAGGCCAUACUCAGGCUGCUGCAGUACACCGUCUCUCUGCUGGCGAACCUCUCCCGCGUGCCAGAGAACCGCGCCUGCUUCCGCCAGAGCAACGCGGUGCCCGUGAUGCAGGAGCUGCUCAAGAAGGACGACGUGGAUGUCAGGAUGUCUGCCCUGCAGGUCAUCGCCCUCGUGCUGGAGGAGAGCGACUGUGACCCCCUGGGAGAGACGAACUCCACUAACGAGCUGCUCCAGACCAUCGGUAAGCCCACCGUGUACGGCCGAUACAAGUCGGCGGGUGGUGAGAUCCUAUCCCUGACGGAGGAGCUGCUGGAGUCUCUGGCCAUGCUGUCCGUGUGCUGGCCGGUGCGCAGGAAGAUCUACGAGGCGGGCGCCGUGGCUCCGCUGGUGCAGAGCCUGAGGCAGGGCCGCUCCGUGGAGAAGCUCCACGCGGUGACGACGCUCAGCAGACUCAGCCGGGAGCCCGGCACCUGCUCCAAGAUGAGGCUGGAGGGACAACUUCACUGCCCCAUAUGGAGCACGAACCAGAACCAGCUGAGGGAGAGAGCGGCCGGCUCCUGGGGCAGCGCCGUGCUCCGCGCCGUCAAGAGCUUCAUCUCGUGCUGCUCCUCCUCCAGGUCCACGGAGGUGCAGGCUCGCCUCGCAGGCGUCCCCAAGUGGCAGGAGGGUGACGUGCAGGCCUGGCUGGAGGAGAGCAGCCUGGGCGCCUACUGCACCAACUUCACGCAGAUCGACGGCCGCAUCCUCCACACCCUCCUGGAGAUCCGCCAGCAGGCCCCAGAGUUCUUUGCCAUGGUGGCACGGGAAGUGGGCGGCUUCCACUGCCUGGAGGACUUCCUCAAGUUCCUGGACGCUGUGGAGAAACUGGACUGAUGAGGUGGCAGAGUCGAGGACAGAGCAGCUGAUUGGAGCUCAACCACACAAACACAGCACAACCACACACUCACACACUCACUCACACACUCACUCACACACUCACACACUCACUCACACACUCACUCACACACUCACUCACUCACACACGGCCAUUCACACUGCAUACCCGCAGACGAUGACGGUGGCAGACAAUAACGCUGCUGCCUUGAGGCCUACAGAGGCCAGCCCCGGCGCUCACACUGGCACAGGCUCGGUGAUGAUGCUGCUGCUGGCUUGCAGGCAACACCGAAUGCUCUCAGACACCCGUGGCCCAUGGCCGCCUGUGGAUGUGAAGAGGCCAUCCACUGCCCCAAUCAGCUUCUUGUCUCCGGGUUCCUUCUCUUUGUUUCCAUGAUUCUGUUUAACACGCAGCAGCAGCAGCGGUAGUAGUAGUAGGAGGAGGCUUUCGUGAACAAUAUUAUCCAUAAGAGAAUUUUGGGUUAGAUUGCGUGAAUAUGUGUCGUUAAACCCCCCACCACCCAACACAGCCAAUUAGUAAGGUUUGUCACGUAAACACAACAUGCCAAUUAGUGACUAGUACAGCAGACGGUUGUGUGUUGAGAGUAAACCCACUACAACAGUUACAACUCGAGUACGGCGUUUCGCCGGUAAUGACAACCAGCCUGAUGUCUGUGUCAGGUGGUGGCGGGUUUAACGACACAUUUACACAAUCUAAUCCAAAAUAAUCCUCUAUUGUCGAUGUCACGAUUCCCCUCGUCAAUCGCAGUUAAUCCGAUGGGUGUCGUUAGACCGGGCCUCGUAGCGAUCGAGCGAGGUGCCCGGCUGGGAUUCUCGUGAACGCAGCGGCUCUGUGAGGACGUCAACACCGGCAAGAGGGACGCGGUCGGGUGGGGCUGGCGACGGGGAACGGUGCAACGAGGGCCGGAGACGGCUCCACUCGCCCGGCGUGCGCGGCGGCCGGCAGGGCCCCGGGUGGAGGAGAGAGGCCUCGUCGUGGGGUGGUGGCCCCUGGGUCCGGGUUGGGGAGGAGUGCCGUGGACGUGGGCACCCGUGGCAAGUCCGGCGCGUGGAGACGGAGCCUGGUGGAGUCGGCAUUUAAUCUCGUAAUCUUUUGCUUUAAUUUUAACACUUUACACGAUAAAGUAUAUUCUAGUGCAACCGUUAGGGUUUGGUUACGAUGGUCCGAGCGCGAUUCCAUCCAGCGGAGCGGCCCUGGCUGCCGUUCAUGGCGGGGGUUCUCCACUGUAGCUGUGCCGCAGAUGCCUACGAGCGAGGCCGCGGAUAUCAGCGGGGGUGCGGAGACGACCAAGGAUUCGUUGUGGAAGAGCCAUCGGCUCCAAGGGCCAUGAAGCCCUGGAGAGUUGUGAUGAGUGCAGCGGCGGCAGCGGCGGCGGAACCAUCGGGGCGGCAGACUCCAGAAGGCCGAGAGCCUCUCUGCUCCUAGUCACCUGCCUGCUGUGGUGGCCUCGAUUAGCACCAUCGCAAUCAAACACAAAGUAGAACCUGGGCUCGUGCUCAUGAACAGUAGAAGACUGGUGUUAGGUUCUAGUUAAGCGUUAGGGUGAGGUGAUACAAUUAUUAAAAGGCAUACUGCAUUUUCUUCACGGUGAUCAUUAACCAUUAUAAGUCGACGUGAUUGUCAUGUAAAACCCGCUGCUUGCUAAUUGCUCCAUUAAACAUCUACUGCAACCCUU